AUGCCAGCAGGUGUGCUACUCCAGAAGAUGCGACUGGCGCUAUGGCUAUCGCCAGCUGAGAGCAUGUGGGCGAAACCUGUCCUCCUGUCCCUCCCCUUGAACAGCCCACGAGCCCACACUGGGGCCGAGACAGGCAUCCCUCCCCCCCCUCCGAACAACCGCACCGCAGUACACUCACGCCUCAUACUGCUGGCCCAGGAGGUAGCGCAGGACGUACAGGUCCUCGCCAAACUUCUCCGGGAUGCCCACCAGGCGGUGGAUCCGGUCCGUGAUGUUGUGCGUCGUGGGCGUGGGGGUGGGCCAGUGGCCGUAUGA